UGUAUUCCCCCUACCUUUACUUUCGCUUCUUCGUCUGCGUUUCUGUUCUAUUUGGCAUCGUACGUUUUUGCUCAUAAGGGAGAAAUAAGGGUCUCAGCAAAACACAAGCAAAUAGACGAAAAACACCACUUAUACAUAUUAUCGAAAAAGAAUGGCGGGAAAGGGCGACAAGAAACACAACAGCAAGAAGGGCGAGAAGAAGGCGUCCAAGAAGAUCGCAACGGAGGUCGAGGAUUUCCCGCGCGGCGGCGCCUCCGGGCUCACACCGCUCGAGUACCGCGAGGUGUCGCGGCAAGCCGAGCGCGAAGUGCUGUUCUCCGACGGCGUUCUAGCGAGCGACGUCGCCGACAAGAAGAAGCAAAAGAAGCACAAGCGCCGGUCCAGCGAAGACGGCGGCAGUGUGGAGAAGAAAAAGAAGAAAACCAAAAAGUCCCAGCCCACGGAGGACGUGGAGACGGAGACUUUGGAUCAGAUCAUCGACCGUGCGGCGCCAGUCGAGUCGCUGUCGUACAAGCGGCUGACCAAGGGCGCUCUGGUGCUCGGGUGUCUGACGGUGGAUUUGCCGGGCGCCAUGACCGGACAUCUGACACAGAUGGCGGAGAAGAUGGCGCAGGGCGAUGAUAGCGACGAUGAGGAGGAUGGCCUUGAUCUUGGCUCGCGCUUCUACGUCGGGCAGUACGUCAACCAGACGGAUGCAUCGGGGAAGGCCAAGACGCGCGUGGAGCUGAGCCUGAUGCCAGGUGAUGUCAAUGAGCGCAUUGACGUGGACGAUAUCUGUGAGGGCCUGAGCGUGGAGGACCGCGGGUACGUGCUGAACACGGGUCUGGCGACCAGCAAGAUGGCGGCGUUCCUGCCGACCAAGGAGGCGCGCAAGUGGCUCGAGCGCUGGAUGCCCGCGCAGGGCGAGCUCAAGGUCGGGCAGGUGAUUGAGGCGUGUGUGGCGAAAAUCACCGAUGGCCGGCGCUCGCUGCAGAUGACGCUCGACCCCGAGUCGGUGGCUGAGGCCUUACCCAAGGACACGUUCAAGACCAUGGCGUCGGUGCAGCCCGGACAGCUUGUGUCGGCCACGGUCAUGAAGGUGUGGGACCGCGGGCUGUCGCUGCGCUUCAUGGGAUUCUACGACUGCUCGGCCGACCUUGUGUCGAUUGGCCUGACGGGUGCGCUCGACAAGAAGGAUAUCGCGCAGACCUACGAUCUCGGCAAGAUCGUCAAGGCGCGCGUCAUGUACGUGUCGCUGACCACGGCCUCCAAGACUAUCCUGGUGUCGCUGCUGCCGCACAUUGUCGAGAUGUCGCCGCGUCCCGGCAUCACCGGCUACGAGACACCGGCAGCCGCCCAGCUCGUCACUGGCUCAGCAACGGGGGCAGGCACAGGCAAGUUCAGCACAAUGGAUGUGCGCAGCAAGUGGCCAAUUCCCUACGGCACUGUGCUGGAGGAGGUGGCGGUGGUGGGUGUCAACCCGCACAUCGGACUGACGCUUGCGGUUCCAGGUGUCGAGACUGUGCGGUGCCUUGCGCGCAAGGGCGAUCUGGUGGACAACAAGGACCUGGUGCCAGCGCUGAGCCGCACCGCAGGUGUAUUCCAGCUCGGCUCGGUCCACCGCGUGCGUGUUCUCGGGUACGAGGCAAUGAGCGGGCUGGUGCAUGUGUCGCUGAAGCCGUCGGUGGUGGACGAGCCGCUGUUCCGCAUCGAGGAUGUGGUGCCGGGCGCAGUCAUCACGGGCACGGUGCGGCGGCUCAAGGACAGCCGGCUCGUGGUGGCUCUGUCGGGGCGGCUCACGGGCACCGUGGCUGGCGACCAGCUGUCGGACACGCACCUGAAGCACCCGGAGCUUGUGUUCAAGGCCGACCACCCGGUGGCCUGCCGCGUGCUGAGUGUGCAUGCGAAGAAGAACGACAUCAAGCUGACGUGCCGCAAGAGUCUGGUCCAGUCCAAGCUGCCGGUGGUCACGGGAUUCUCCGCCGAGCGCGGCGCCGUGCCGGGCGUCAUCACGCAUGCCACAGUCGUCCACCACACCAAGGCUGGCGUGCUGGUGUCAUUCUACCAGGGUGCUGCCGGUAUGAUCCCGAUGGCUGACAUUUCUGCCAACACCAAGGGCGCCGGCAAGAUCCCGAAGCAGCUGGAGGUUGGCAAGGUCGUCAAAUGCCGCAUCGUGCAGGUCAAGCCGAAGCAGCGCCGCAUCACCGCCAGCCUGAACGUCGAUGCCGACACGAGCAUCGAGGACCUGCAAGCCCGACCCGCCAAGGCCGCAACAUCGGCAAUCAGCAAGGACCUGUCGCAGGUCAGCCCCGGGCAGAUGGUCAGCGGCUCAGUGGUCAAGGUUUCCAGCGACCACUUCACGAUUCGCUUGGACGGCAGCGAUCUGCUGGCGACCCUGCACAAGGGCCAUCUGAGCGACCACACGGGCUCUGUCCUGGACCGCAUGGCGGCGCGGAUUGCCGUGGGCGUGCGGUUCGAUGACCUGGUGGUGGUCGAUCUGGUCAAGAAGCACGGAACGGUCAAGCAGCAGGUGCUGGUAACAGCCAGCGAGAUGCUCAAGGUGGGCAAGACCGUUGUUGGCUGGGUGGACGGCACGGCGGCGUUCGGCGUGUUUGUGCGGUUUGCUGGCGGCGUCACCGGACUGGCGCCGAUCAGCGCCCUGGGUGACCGCUAUACGGUGGUUGCCUCGGUGGUCAGCGUCGAGGACAACCAGACGAAGCUGUCGCUCAAGGGCUCGGUGGUCGAUCCACUGGCCUCUGGCUGCAUUGCUCCGGAGGACUUUGUCGCCGAGUAUUUCGCGCAGCUCGAGGGCCCGCUGGCCGAGCAGAUCGGCGAGCAGAGCCUCGUUGUGGUCAAGCAGAAGCAGCCGUACGGCGUGUUUGUCGAGCCGGCCGCCUCCGAGCUCUCUGCCAAGGAGCGCCUGAGUGCGUGCAAGGACGGCGCUGUUCUGGCUGCCUGCGUUCUGGACGUCGAUUCUGACAAGAACAUCGUCGAUUACUCGCUCAAGGCCACGCUGGUGCCGGACCGCAAGGCCCUCGAUGAUGCUGAAUCUCGGGCCACGGCCGAGCAGAAGCUGGCCGAUGCACGUGCUUCUGCCGAGAAGAAGCGCAGCGACGUUAUUGUCGAGGUGGUCAAGGAGGACUACCUGGUUCUGUCGAUUCCAUCACUGGGCCACCAGAUCGCGUACGCCAUGACUAAGACCUACAAUGACCGGUCGAAGCCGUUUAUGCGCUACAAGAUCGGCCAGCGCCUGUCGGGCACUCCGUACCAGUCGGCCGGCUCCAAGCGCACGUUGGUGUACUUCCAGUCGCGCCACAGCGGCAACGACGACGAGACCCGCCGCAAGGCCAUGGAGCCGGUCGAUCCGGCGCUGCAGUACUUUGAGGACCUGCAGCCUGGCUUUGUCACGCGCGCCAAGGUCACCGGCAUUUCCGGCACCCAGGCAAACCUGAGCAUUGCGGCCAACAUCAAGGGGAGGCUGCAUGUGACGGAGCUCUUCGACGACGACGACGUCGCCGAUCUCGGCGGUGAGACGAUCACAGUCAAGGUCGUGGGUCUGCAUAGCGCCAAGGUAUACAAAUACCUGGCAAUCACGCACCGCGUCUCGCCGCUCAAGUCGGUGAUCGAGAUGACCGUGCGGCCGUCGGAGCUGGCGGCAUCCGGCACGCUUGUGCACCAGGCCCAGCGCCAGAUCAAGGCUGCCAGUGUCAAGCCGGGCCGCGAGUUCAAUGGCUUUGUGGCCGAGAUCACCCACCCGCAGAAGGAGGGCCAUACAGGCGCGCCGUUUGUCAGCGUGGCGCUGAGCCCGAAGCUUCUGGGCAAGUUCUAUGUCACCCAUGUCACGGGCUCGGUGCAGGUGGUCCGUGCGGCGCGGGACGGCAAGUCCCUGGCUGUGCAGCCCGUCGGCGCGUUGCCCGGCGUCCCGCCGCUCCCGGCGUCUGCGGAGGACCUUGCCGUCCAUACGAUCGGCGAUACCUCAAUGACGCCACGGACAGCGACUGAGGGCAAGUCGCGCCAGUUCAUCCGCGGCUUCGUCAACCGCUUCCAGUUUAAGGUCGGCCAGCUCGUGGACGCCGUGGUGGUGCCAGCCGGCAAGGACGUCGAGUCCGCCAGCAAGUUCAGUCCUGUGGAUCUGUCGCUGCGUCCGUCGCUGGUGCACCCCGAGAGCACACAGCCAGUGGUCAUGAAGGCGUCGGAUCUGCACGAGGGCCAGAUUGUGCAUGGCGUGGUUGCGCGGACCACCGACGUGGGCUGCUUUAUUGAGGUUGGAAACCACGUGCGUCUCUCGGACGAGUACAUCCGCGACGUCAAGGCUGCGUUCCCGCGCGGCACAAUCGUCAAGGCCAUCGUCACCAGCGUCGAUAAGGCGCAGGACCGCGCGUCGGUUUCGCUCAAGGCCUCGCGCAUUGGCGGCGACACGGCGCACCGCCGUCUGGAGCAGGUCGAGGUUGGCGAGAGGCUCAAGGGCACGGUUACACGGAUCGAGGAGUACGCCGUGUUCAUUAAGCCCGACGAUGUCUAUGUCACGGGUCUGUGCUACGACAAGGAGAUUGCCGAUAGCGAGGCUCCGGUGGAUCCGCGCCAGCUGUAUGAGAUUGGCGACCGUGUGCUGGCCAAGGUCCUGCGUGUGGAUCUGGAGAAGGGCAAGCUGAGGCUGGGCCUCAAGGCGUCGUAUUUUGCCGAGGCGAUGCCGAGGGACGCCGAGGAGGAUGCUGAGGAGGAUGCCGAGAUGGAGGAUGCGUCCUCUGAUGAGGAGGCCGAUUCUGAGGAGGAGGAGGAGGCCGCGCCUGCGCUCACUGUCUCCAAGGGAUUCCAGUGGGGCGACGCCGAGUCCGACUCUGAGGCCGCGAGCUCCGACAGCGAGUCUGAGGCCUCUGACGCCGAGCAAGACGCGCCGCGGAAGAAGUCGAAGCGCAACAAGUCGAAGCUGCAGACCGUCGACCUGACCGGCGACCUGGCUGACCAGGCACCGCGGAGCACGGCGGACUUUGAGCGGCUGCUGGUGGGCUCGCCGAACUCGUCGUUCCUGUGGCUGCAGUUCAUGGCGCACUACCUGGAGCAAUCUGAGGUCGAUCAGGCCCGUGCCGUGGCCGAACGCGCUCUCACCACCAUUUCGCCGCGCGAGGAGCAGGAGAGGUUCAAUGUCUGGCACCGCUUCGGCACCAAGGACUCCCUGGACGGUGUGCUGAAGCGCGCAAUCCAGUACAUGAACGCCAAGCACGUCUACCUGCAGAUGGCCAAGAUCUAUGAGCGCGCCGGGCAGACCAGUCCGGCCGAGGCCAUGCACAAGACUGCCACGCAAAAGUUCCCCGGCUCCUGCAAGGUCUGGAACGCAAAGGUCGCCGAGUCGCGCGACUUGCUGGCGCGCGCCCUCAAGGCCCUGCCCAAGCGCAAGCACAUCAAGGCCAUUACGCAGUUUGGCCAGAUGGAGUUCAAGCAUGGCGAGCCCGAGCGCGGCCGCACUGUGUUCGAGGGUCGCGUCGACCUGUGGUCGGUGUACUUGGACAUGGAGUGGGGGGCCACGCGCAAGCUGUUCGAGCGGGUGACGUCCAUGAAGCACUCGUCAAAGAAGAUGAAGUUCUUCUUUAAGAAGUGGCUGGCCUUCGAGAAGGCACAUGGUGACGAUGCGCAUGUCGAGCAUGUAAAGAACAAGGCUCGCGAAUACAUCAACUCGCUGUAAGGCAUUUGGGGGUGGUAUUUUAUUACAUCUUUUUCAAAAAC